AUGUCCGGAAAUCGACAGAACAAGCGCGCCCAAGGCAAAGAGGCUGUCAGACUGGCAGCCACCAGAAAUCGCCAGGGAGACGGCAUCGACAGGAACAGGUUGCAAUUAUCCAAAAAGCAAUGGGGCACGAUUAUUUUCCUGCUCCUUUUGUUCGCAGGUUCUAUCUUCGAAGUCGUUCUAAGACUAUCAGACGCUCUUGGGCCAUGGGUCGGGCCUAUGGCAUUCAUUUCGGUAGCUGGAACCGCCGCGUUCUUUGCGUGGCAAGGAAAGCGCAGAGACUUGCAAUCCCGCCUCCAGAUCAGACCCGGCAAAGAAAUCAAGGCAGAGUGGCAAUGGCCAAACCAGUCUGCUCGUGAGGAUGGGGUCCUUAGAAAACCACGGGACCAGAAGAGAGCGGACCGAGAAAUUAGAAAGGCGAGCCCAAAUGCAAAGAAGGAUGACGGGCGCAGGGACAGUGUUCUUGCAGAAGGCGAGCCGAAGCGCGAGCAGGAGCCAGAAUCAAUCCUGACCAACAGUAACCUGUGA